CGCGUUUUGGCUGGUUUCGCCCUCCGCCUUCCUCAGAGGCAUGCAAAGGACGAGAUGAGUCAAAAAACAGCGAGAAAAGAUGGUUUCUUCCGCUGCUGCUGUUGCGAAUGUGCAGGUGGCUGCCAUGAGUUUCCUCCAGACAGACGCGGAGCGCGCCGCAGCGAUGCGCGAGAGCGGACCCAAAGUCACCGUCUACUCUGUCCGGGUGAGCAUUGAGCAGAUCGUGGGACGCUGUCACUCUUUCUCACUGUGUGCGUGUGUGGGUGUGCCCUUAUACUUCAGUUUGAGAAGCCUCGUGACAAGAAGAGUUGGGAUUCCUACCCUGUGGGCAUGAGGAACCUCGAGUUCACCGUGUUCACCACAGAAGCAUACGAGAAGAGGUACGCACGCUGCAGCCAUGGCUGCGGAAUUGUGUGCGCUGUAUGUGCAGCGUUGGUGAGUUCGUCGGUGACGUGAUCGACCUGGCGAAGGGGUACUGCAACGAUGACGUGCCUGAGAAGGCGUUCGACCCGGAGAUGUCCCUGAAGUACGUCGUUGCGAUGAUAUGUAACCCCGAUAUCGACAAGAUCUACGUGGCGCCACUCACACAGGAGAACAUCCAGGUGUGUGUGCACGGCGCCACACAUGCAUACACCACACCGACCCUAUCGAUGUGUAUACUGUAUGUGUCAGUUGGGACUGUUGGCGGCUCGGAUGAACGUCAAGUGCAUCGACAGCACAGGCAAGACACUGAUGGUGAGGACACCAAUGGCACUGCUGUAAAGCCUAUCAUUAUCACAUUGGUAUGUGUGGAUUGAUGGUCCUUCAGGGCAAGCCGGCGCAGCGGUUCGAUCAGGGCGUGCCGAUGGGAUUCAACCCCGACAUCUGUGUGAGUGACACACAUGCAGACACGAGACGCAUACCACUCGCAGAUGCGUGUGUGGAUGGUGUUGUCUUGCCUUGGUUAUGUCAGUUGGUCAAGACGUUCAAGCUGCAGAUGUACACCGACUUUGAGUGCCGCUACAUCGACCACCAACUGGCCAAGGCCACGGUGGGCAACACACAAUAUCAGAGAGACAGAGAGAGAGCGGGGGAGAGGGCACCCUCAGUGUGUGUGUGUGUGUGUGUGUGUCAGGAUGAGGGCAUGCCCUGUCUGUCCACAAUCCGCGCCAUGAUCAAGGACACGAAGGCAUAUGACGACAUGACGCUCCUGGCUCUCGCCAACCACGCGAUAGCCAAGUCGAAGCUGCAAGCGCACGACGUCAGCAAGAGCUAUGCGCUGGCUGAUUGACGUACUGUUGGGACACACGACGAGCAUGCAUGAAGCGAGGGGUGGGGGUGGGGCGUGAUUGUAUCAUGUACGGGCACGUGUAUAGGCAGGCAGGUGUGCUCUCCAUUGGUUUAUGACAUGGUGUACAGAUAAGCUACCCGGCAUCGCAUUUGUGCUCUCCCGCUUGUGGUUGUCACCCGCGUGAACUCAGUGUGCGCGUGCGUGUAUAUGAGUGUGUUCGGACCAUGUGUACAAGAUGAACUUGACGCAUAAAAUGCCA